UCGCGCAACGAAAAGUUCACUGCGAACCAUUUAUGCCUACAUUCCCGCAGUUGCAUUCCCGGAUUUUCUCGCACUGAAAUGGAAACAAGAUCACCAAACAUUGUUGCCGGUGAGGCAUCGGAAACGGACGAUGACGAAGCGGAGGUAAUCUCAGUUGAAAAAGGAAUAACCCACAUAUCGCCGAGCUAUGCUGGCAAUGAACCACCAAUGUCUCCAUCGUACACAUUGGCCCGGGAAGCCGUUGAAUCAUCGUCCGUCGCGGCAGCAUCCGACGAGGAGCUCCAAAGACUGCAUGUGAGACGAGCGAUGAAUGAACGGUGUAUAUCGAUGUUGAACGAAUUUAUCCACACCACGGUGAUUUCCGUCUCCAAGCAACUCAAUGAGACGGACAAUUUUUUGAUGAAAUCUCAGAUGGUGCUACAGAAUACCACUGUUUCAGUGAAGAAAAUGAACGACAAUACCCAUCAAAUGAAGUCCAAAUUGCAAGACAUACUAACGUCUAGUUUUCUACCCAAUAUCAACAUAUGAGUUUAUUAAAAUGGCCAGUUUCCCAAUG